UUAUCUGAUAUGUUUAUGGAGUGUACUUCCAUACAGAUUAAUUAUAAUGAUAAUUUACCCAAACAAUUGUGUGAUAAUUGUAUAUAUCAAAUAAAUCAAUCAUUUCUAUUUAAAAAGAAUUGUCUACGUAUUGAAGAAUCUUUACUUCACUAUGAAAAACAUAAAAACUUAUUCGUGGAUGAUGAUAAUAUUAAUAAUGAUCAAUUAUCAUCAACAGACACAACAACUACCAGUGAUUUUAGAAUAAAUGAUGAUAAUACUGAUGAGGAUUUUAAAACCGCAGCUGAUGUUGAAUAUCUUGAAGAGGAUAUUAAUAAUGAUAACGACGAAAACAUCAUAAUCGAAGAGAAAUUAAUUAUCAAAGAAGAAUGCCCUAAAGUGAUAUGUCCCCAAGAUGAUGAUACAAACUUCGAAGGGCUAAAAACCAAAACAAGCCUCAUUCCUAAGAAAACGAACUUAGAUAAAAAUGGUAAUGAUAAUAGUAAACGUAAAUUUACAUGUGAGGUAUGUUCAAAAUCGUUUAUAGCAAAAAGCCAUUUACGAACGCAUUCGUUUGUACAUACGGGAGAAAGGCCUUAUAAAUGUACAAUAUGUAAUAAAUCUUUUACACAGUCAAAUUCUUUAAAGACACAUCAAUUAACACAUUCAGAUGUUAAACAAUAUCAAUGUGAACAUUGUAAAAAAUUAUUUCGACAUCGUAUUGCAUUAUCACAGCAUUUAUUAAUUCAUAAGGGUAUAAAAAAAUACAAUUGUACAUAUUGUGAUAAACGUUUUACACAAUCAUCAAAUUUAAAUUAUCAUCUACGGACACAUACCGGUGAAAAACCAUAUGAAUGUGCUGUUUGUCUGAAAACAUUUGCAAUAAAAGGUAAUUUAACUGUACAUGAACGUAUCCAUACUGGAAUUACCCCAUAUAUAUGUUCAGUAUGUCUGAGGGGUUUUACUGAUUCCUCUAGCUUAAAGAAACAUCAAAGAGUUAAACAUAGUCAAGAGUUAAAUAAAAGUGUAAAGAUAAAAGAUGAAAAUAUUAAUAUAAGUAACACUGAAAUCGCCGCUAUUUUCAUAAUUAAAAAAGACAGUGAUGAUGAUAAUGCUAAUUGAUUGUAUGUGUCAAAAGAGAUGUUUUUAUACUACAUGUUAAAUUACAAAGUUUAUUUAAAAAUUCAUGCCUAAUACGAAUUCAAUUUUAAGUAUUAUUUCCCAAAAGAUGUCAUGUGCCAUACAUAGCUGGUCGCAAAAUAAGUAGAUUUUUAUAUUCUAUAUAUCAAGCAGCGUCUUAUACAUACACGAAGUAGAAAAUAAUUAACGUUGAAUUUGUAUUGGACGUAAUCUUUCAAACAAGCUGUAUGUAGCGAUUUGUUUUAUACUGCAUAUUUAAAUAAAAUUAAUUUAAUUUAUAUAUCA